GUUGGUUAGGGUGCAUCUCCGUUGUGCAGAACCCAACCUGAGUUUUCAAAUUUUAGGGCUUAAGAACGUUUGUGUCUGUAAAACUAAAACCCUUGUUCUUGUUCUUGCGAGCCAUGGCGAACGAAAGUUGGACCGAUCUCCUACAUUCGUCAACCAAGCUUCUCGAACAAGCUGCUCCUUCUGCUCAGUUCCCUCCCCUUCAGAGGAACUUGGAUCAACUGGAAGCGUUAUCCAAGAAGCUUAAAUCCAAGACCGUAAGGACUGAAGCACCUUCGCAAUCUAUUGCUGCAACAAGGCUCCUUGCUCGAGAGGGGAUAAAUGCAGAGCAGCUUGCUAGGGAUCUGAAGUCAUUUGAACUGAAGACAGCUUUUGAGGAUGUUUUUCCUGUUGAGGCUACAAGUGUUGAAGAGUAUCUGCAGCAGGUUCAUGAAAUGGCAAUGGUCUCUGCUGUUCAGGAAGCUCAAAAGGAUAAUCUCAGGAGUUUCAGUGAUUACAUGAUGAAAGUUUUAGAGGAGGAUUGGCAAAAAGAAAAGCGUGAUUUCCUUCAGAGUUUAAGUCGAAUUUCAACAUUACCUAGGACAAACAUUGCUGCUAACAGCAGUGUGGGUACCCUCCCAGGUCAGAUUGCGUCUGUGUCUUCUACUCCACAAGUCUCAUCUGGUAUGCCUAGCAUGGAGAUUGUUCCUCUGACAGGAAGACCUAUUGUGGAGAAAAAGGCAUCUGUCUAUGCUGAGGUGGUGAAGACUCUGAAUAGAGCAAGGGAGUCUGGGUUACCAUUUAAACCUGCUGCAGCUUUCAAGGGUGCAUAUGAAAAUUUGGGCAUUGAUGCUAGUGGUGGAAAAUCAGUAACGAUGCGAAAGAUAUGGCACCUUGUUCAGGUUAUGCUGAUGGGUGAGGACUCAACCCCGCAACGUGUUUCAAAAAGGAUGUCAUUGGUUAUUGGUGCAAGACGCCACCUUGAAUGGGGACAUGAGAAGCACAUAAUGGAUACCAUACAAAGUCAUCCUGCUCAAGCUGCUCUUGGUGGUGGAGUUGGGAAUUUGCAAAGAAUCCAUGCCUUCCUUCGGAUUCGGUUGAGGGAUUAUGGAGUACUGGAUUUUGAUGCUGGUGAUGCUCGGCGGCAGCCUCCUGUUGAUACCACAUGGCAGCAGAUAUAUUUUUGCCUGAGGUCUGGUUAUUAUGAUGAAGCAAGAAAUGUAGCCCUAUCUUCACGUGCUUCGCAUCAAUUUUCUCCUUUGCUCACAGAGUGGAUUAAUACUGGAGGGAUGGUGCCAGAAGAGGUUGCAGCUGCUGCAUCAGAGGAAUGCGAAAGAAUGUUGAGAACUGGUGACCGGGUAGGUCGAACUGCAUAUGACAAGAAAAAGUUACUUCUGUAUGCCAUCAUAUCAGGUUCUCGAAGGCAUAUUGAUCGCCUGCUUAGAGAUCAGCCAAAUCUCUUUAGUACAAUAGAGGAUUUCUUGUGGUUCAAAUUGUCAGCUGUGCGGGAUUGUUCUAGUGGACCUUCAUCCAUUGUUCUAAGUGAUGGUCUGAUUCCUUACAGUUUGGAUGAUUUACAAAUUUACCUGAAUAAAUUUGAGCCCUCAUAUUAUACAAAGAAUGGAAAAGAUCCUCUGGUUUAUCCCUAUAUCUUGCUUUUAAGCAUUCAAUUGCUUCCAGCCAUAUUGUACUUGUCUAAGGAAGCGGGUGAUGAAGGAUAUAACAUUGAUGCUGCCCACCUAUCAAUCGUGCUAGCUGACCAUGGGGUCCUUUCUGAAGGUGCUGGUUCUGGGCAAAAGUUGGGAGUGAUGGAUGCUUAUGCAGAAGUGUCCACCAUUAUCAGGCAGUAUGGAUCUAUGUAUUUGCGUCUUGGUGAUCUCCAAAUGGCACUAGAAUAUUACGCACAAGCUGCUGCAGCAGUGGGUGGGGGGCAGUUGUCAUGGACUGGUAGGGGUAAUGUUGAUCAGCAAAGGCAGAGAAAUUUGAUGCUGAAGCAGCUUCUAACUGAAUUAUUGUUAAGGGAUGGAGGCAUAUAUCUUUUACUUGGUGCAAGAGGUGCUGGAGAAGAAGGUGAAUUGGGACGUUUUGUGACUGAUCCCAAUGCAAGACAACAAUUUUUAAUUGAAGCUGCAUGUCAGUGUCAAGAGGCUGGGAUGUAUGACAAGUCUAUAGAAAUUCAGAAGAGAGUGGGUUCCUUCUCAAUGGCACUGGAUACCAUCAAUAGGUGCCUCUCUGAAGCUAUUUGUUCCCUUUUCCGUGGAAGAUUAGAUGGUGAGAGUCAGACUGCUGGCCUCAUCCAUUCUGGCAAUGAAAUUUUGGAGACAUACACUUAUUACCCAGAUGUCAGUCUUCAAGAGAGAGAUCACGUUUUUGAGCAGCAAACUGUGUUACGACAACUAGAGUCAAUAUUGUCAAUUCACAAAUUAGCAAGAGUGGGGCAUUAUGUUGAUGCAUUAAGGGAAGUUGCUAAGCUUCCAUUUCUUCCUCUAGAUCCCCGAGGACCUGAUAUUGCUGGUGACGUGUUUGAAAAUUUAUCCCCUCAUGUCCAAGCUUGUAUUCCAGAUCUUUUGAAGGCUGCUCUCACUUGUCUGGACAAUGUGACAGACUCUGAUGGAUCACUUCGUGCCUUAAGGGCCAAGAUUGCGAGUUUUAUCGCAAAUAAUUUAAAGAGGAAUUGGCCUCGUGAUUUGUAUGAGAGAGUUGCGCAGAGGUUGUGAAAGUAAAUUAUGCGAUGGCAAUUGUAGUUAACCUUUGAAUUCUUGAAAGAAGGCAACAGAAUGUGUUUGGUUAAAGGUUUUGAGUGGCAUAACACAUGUAAAGUCUGCUGGUGGAUCAGAAAAAGGAAAUACACUGGUUGUCAAUAUUCUCAUAACCUCUUCUAUUUUUGUUUUAGCUGUUGCUAAUAUACUGUUCACUUUGUAUUAAUAAGAACAUUACUUUCAAGUUUCAAGCCCUCCUAUUUUGCUAUAAAAAAAUACCACGCUCUUUUUCAUUG